UCACUACAACCAGACAUGCUGACUUGAUGAGAGCGGAGCUUGAUCAAAAAGGAAGUGAUCGUCGACCACAACCUAUCAUACAACACACACCAAAACCAAAAAAAAGAAAAAAAAAAACCAGUGUCAAAACAGUUUGCAAGAAAGAAAGAAAGCGAAUCGGAGUUCGGAUGAUGGCGCUGCUCGCGACGGUCGGGACGGCCUACGGAAUCCAGGCCUUAUGUGCCGCCUUCGCCAUCCCCCUGCAAUCCGAAAAAUACUAUGACUUAUCGGGCUCGGCGACGUUCUUGAGCUGCACCGCCAUCUCGCUCUACUACCCCUCCUUGCGCCACAAGCUUCUCCACAACCGCGCCGCCCCCUGGCCCGCUCUGGCUAGCUUCCAUCGCCGGCAACUCAUCAUGAGCGGGUUGACUUGUCUUUGGGCCACUCGACUUGGGAGCUUUCUUUACCAACGGAUCAAGAAGAGCGGGAGUGAUUCUAGAUUCGAUGAGAUCAAGCGUGAUCCGGUCAAGUUCUUUGGUGCCUGGAUGGCCCAGGCUUCUUGGGUCACUCUGACUGCCUUUCCGGUCUAUGCGGUCAACUCUGUGCCCGCUUCUCGGCAACCUUCCUUGGGCUUGACUGGAUCGCUGGGCACGGGAUUAUGGAUGGCAUCCUUCCUAUUCGAAGUGGUAGCCGAUCAACAAAAGUCUAAGUGGAGAGAAGAGAAGACCAAAAAGAUCCAUAGCGAAGAGUUUAUCAGUAGUGGCUUGUGGAGCCUCAGUCGACAUCCCAAUUACGUCGGAGAAGUGAUGCUUUGGACGAGCCAGGUGAUGAUUGCUUGGCCGGCUCUUCCGGUGUGGAUGCGGUUGAUGAGCUGUUUGAGUCCGAUCUUGGAGUACCUGUUGAUCACCAAAGUCAGCGGCUUGCCACCGCUCGAAGAAAAGGCUGACAAACGGUUCAGAGAUAACUCUGAAUAUCAGGCCUAUAAGGCUCGUACGCCCGUCUUUUGGCCUAAGCUCUCAUGGUGAUGAUGCUUUUAUGUUUACGUCUCCUCCAUCAUAUCAUACACUAAACCCGGUUGCUUCUUAUCAAGGUUUUGUACACCUAUCUAUGUUUGCUCCAUCUUUGUUGAAUUACUUUGUGUCUAACCAGAAAAAAAUAACAAGAAAUAAAAUCCUAUUUUGUACGGUUGUAUCUGGCCCUGUCUACGGAUUUAUGAAUAUUCCAAUAUCGGCCGG